GUCAUCGUCUUGAGGCUGAUCGUCCUGUCUCUUCCCAUCGUGUGUCCCUCAUUACUCUGGCCCUGGUGCCUGUCGACUGUUUCCAUCUAAACCCUACGUCCUAUCUCUAUCGCUCCACCCCUCCCCCUUGCUACUUAUUCUCCGACCCCGACCGUCACCUGUCUUUUAUUCCGACUAUCGGCAAUUGUCAAACGCGCUUUCAUCGGGUGGUUUCGCAAUAAUGGGGAUUUGAGGGGUUUCAGUCCGAUUGAUUCCAAUGACUUCGUGCCCUAUAUGCGUUGCUCGGACCGUGACGUGAGUCGUGCAGAGUGUCUGUUCGAUUAUGGGGGACCACGCUCGUCUGGUUGCUCGCCAGAUAUGGGCGCAACCGACGACCACCUCCGGGAAGACGUACGAGCCCGGAUGUACUCCGUUUCUUCUCCCAAGUGAUGGUGCAUUAUUCCUGAACCGCUCUUAUUCAAUAUCACUCACUGCAAAUGCGAUAUUCGAACCGGCCUGUACGAGUACGGCUACGGAGACUAGCCAUGCGUCACCGAUGCUUGACACCCGCGACCCCUUUUAUUCAUCGGUGACUCCGCAGCUCUACGCAAUUGGCUGCGCGACGGUAGUCAGCUACUUACUUGUUAUCAUCCUUCUCAUUACACCACGCACAUUCUACGUCGGCGGGCCGGGCGGUGGUGCCAAUUUUCUGGGCCGCCAUGGUAUGAUCAGCGGAUCGUACAGCGGGAACUCCUCCGUCGUUGGGGUUGGGGGUCGGCCAUGGUUGCAAAAGGUCGCCGCAAUAUUAGUCGCAAUAUCACUUACCAUCGCAACGGCGGACUCAUUCCGGGUCGCCGAGCAGCAGUAUCUUCACGGUUAUUCGGACGCGGAAGCCCUAGCGGAGGAAGUCAUUGAUGGCAUGGAAAUUCGCGUCGUGAGAAUCAUAUCCAGCACGUUCCUGUGGCUUGCGCAGGUGCAGACUUUGAUUCGACUGUUUCCACGGCAUAAAGAAAAGAUCAUGAUUAAAUGGGCAGGGUUCGCUUUGAUUGUGUUAGACACGAUAUUCAGCACUCUGGACAAAUUUCUCGUUCAAACUAACACGACGCGACCGCGAUUAUACGACGAUGCGAUCCCUGCACUCAGUUACCUCUUUGAACUCGCACUCAACUUGCUAUAUGCUGCAUGGGUCAUCUUCUAUUCAAUAUCGAAACACCGCUUUGCAUUUUUUCACCCUAAGAUGAGGAACAUUUGCCUGGUGGCCUUGCUGUCUCUCUGCGCGGUUCUCAUUCCUGUCGUUUUCUUUGUGAUGGAUAUUGCGAAACCGGAGAUCGCAGGCUGGGGUACCUAUGUGCGCUGGGUAGGCUCGGCAGCGGCGAGUGUUGUUGUUUGGGAAUGGGUCGAGCGCAUUGAAGCGCUAGAACGCGACGAAAGAAAGGAUGGAAUUCUUGGGCGGGAGAUAUUCGACGGGGACGAAAUGCUAGAGGUGACGCCCUCCGAAGAGGUUGAUUGGCCUCGCCAGAAUAACUCUGGCCAUGACCGAGGAGGAGGUACGGGUACGUCAUCUGGAUGGGGCGGCAUGAUGGGCUUAGGCCAUCGCCCCUUACGCACCAGAGUUGGUCUUCCGAACAGCAACCGCAAUUGGCAGUCUCGUCCUGUCGCCCAAAAUCAUGACACUUCGGCCGACUCUCGCCGGCGGAAUGCCGCCCGACCGACACCACCGCCGGCGGCUGUCACGCCUGUCAGCCGGGCUGAUACAACCAGUGCUGCCAGCACCGUGUAUAAUGUUCACUAUCACCCUGUUUCGAGCCCAACUCCACCCGUCGCUAUGCCGCACAUGGAAGAAGAAGAGGAGAAUAGCGACGAGACGGCUGCUGCAAAGGAACUGGCAACGUCCAUGGAGGGACAGCAAGCAAACAUGCCACAUGAUGGCCUGGAAACGCAGCAAACCAGAGAUCAAUCCCCCCAGAUCAUCAGUACUGAUCACAGGUGGCGGACGAUUCUAAAUCCUUUCAAACGCCGACACGCAGCCUUGCCAAGGGAGGUUGCUUCCGCGCAGGCGGAGGAGCAGUUUCCUUAUGCCGAAGAGGAAGAGGGCGUGGCACCGGAUGACAGCGGAGAGCAGCACACUUCACGGCCAACAAAUGACCUUUUGCCAUUUCAUAGAAGGACUCGACCUGGGUCAGGACGGCAGGGCUCGGACACUCGAUUGCCCGUCACCGUCAUUCCUGCGCGACGUCGAGGUCAGCAUACAUGGUCACCGCAGUGGUUCAACGAUUCCAGUAUCCUGGAACCUUCGCCUCGCCGACACAACACUUCGAAUAAUCGGACUAAUCUCCCGGUGCGGGUGAUACAACCACAGCCCCGACCCUCUGCUCCGUGGACGACAUCGGAUGCAGAGGGCAGUUUGGGUAAUGGAAACUAUGAGCUCCGCUACGAUCCCGAAGCCGCGGCCCUCGUGGGGUUUGACGAUCCCUCCUUUGAACCUCCAUCGACAGGGGACAUCCAUCACGAGACGGUGCGAGUGAGCGUCACCGAUGAAUAUGUGGAUGAUCUUGAUCAGCAAUCCCUUUCGGAUUCACAUCAGGAAGCGCCCAACCCGGAGUCUUCCAACCAACUCACGGUGGAACAAACAGGAACUCCAGCAUCGUCAUCGCGUCCUAAUUCUCAUCCCCCGCACUCACAUAAUAGCAGCCCCGGUGCCAGCGACAGCCCGAGGCCUCCGCAAUAAAACCAAGGACAAAAAGGCGUUGAUUGUGUGUUGAUACCAUACGGCGUUGCAUAUGGAUAAUUACUUUUCGGGUAGGGGUUGUAAUGCUUGGAUUUAGCCAGGGAGUAUUGGAUCUUUAGGGAUUGAUCUUUUUUUUAUCUUGUUUUCUUUUUGUUUUCUGUUUCCCUCGUCUUGGUGCAAUAUACAUGGCUUUGGGAUGCAAUUUGGAGCACGAUUGGGCAUUGAAUUUGGUUGGCAACAUCCUACUUGGAAAGAGGAUUUUUGGAAAGCAGCAGGAACGGACUGUACAAAAAGAUACCCCGAAUAAUUGGACAGGACAUAAUUGAGCCGGAUGAAUGAAUACAUUAUAAUUG